GAGAGGGAAGCAGAAUCAGGCGGAGGGUUCAUGCAUGUUGGUAGGCUGAGGACGGACCGGAGAGAGCGAAGAUAUUGAGUGCUAAGGAGGGCACUGGGAGGAGGUGCUCGGUUUGGUCGGGAGGUGAGGCAGCUGUGACUAGAUGUGGAUGUAAACUAUAUCAUCUGUUGGGAUCAGCUGGCAGCAGCUGAAGCGAGCGAGUCAAGCGUGCUGGUGGAUUACCAUGAGUGUCCUUUGAUUGCACCAAGAUGCUGCAUCUCCACCAGGGGAAAAGCUGGCCUUGGCUCGACUGCAGAGGGAAGUUGUGCGGAGCAAGAGCGAGGGAACAAUGCGAGAAAAGCUGAUCCAUGAGCUAGAGGAAGAGCGCCGCCUGCGUCUGGAGAGCGAGAAGCGUCUCCGGGAAGUGACGGAGGAAUCGGAGCUAGGACGGGCGCAGAUCGUCUCCCUGCAGCAGAAAUUCUCCAGGAUGGAAGAGACGGUGCGGUCGCUGCUGCAGAGUCAGGGAGUCGUGGAGCAGACGGCGGCAGACACAGCGGACAUCAUGAAGGCCUACAAAGAGAAACUCUCCGAGGAAAUGCACAGGCUGCACGACUGCCCAGAAAAGACCAGCCCCCUGCCGGCGACUCAGACCGGGCAGGGAUCCGCGAUGCCGCUGCACGCCGACGUCAGCCAAGCAGAUGCGGAUGAUGACAGAACCAAGCUCUUGUUGGAACGCCUCAAGAACCUGGAGGAGAGGAACUCAUCCUUGGCCUUGGAGAAUGAAAGCCAACGGGAGCAGUAUGAACGCUGUCUGGAUGAGGUUGCCAAUCAGGUGGUUCAGGCGCUUGUCACCCAAAAGGACCUGAGAGAGGAAUGUCUGAAGCUGCGCACUCGGGUUUUUGAUUUGGAGCAGCAGAAUCGGGCGAUGGGCGUUCUCUUCCAGCAGCGGAUCAAGCCCGCGUCGGACCUGCUCCUCCAGAAACUACAUUCACGAAUCAUGGAUCUGUCCGCAGCUGACUUGCUCCAAGAACCCGAGAGAAGCAGAGUCUUUUUACUGUCGAGGAACACGGAUUCUCCUUCGACUGAGAGCCAGAUGAAUGGAAAGUCAGGUCUGCCCAUAACCAAGUGUCUGAGCCAGCUCAGUCUGACAGCACAGGCGCCGGUGUACCCACGCAGCAGCUGUAGCAGCAGUGAGUUGUCUUUGUCGAGUGCAUGCAGCGAACUCUCCAGCGGCUCCUACACCUGGAAUGAUGGACGCUCCUGUGGGAAAGGGCAGUCAUCUCUCACCUGGGAGAAGAGGCUAAGUUUGGGAUCAUCUGCACCGAGUAACAUCAGCAUACCCGCAGAGGAGCAAAUACCCACCAGGCGCAAGGAGACCAACAUAUUAGAGGGGUUGAGAAAGCUACAGAGGCGAAAGCAUAAAUCCUCGUCCUCAUCCAGAGUCUCCAAGUCAGGCUAUAAAGACUGCAUGAACUCCAACGAGGGCAUUUACUCACUUGGUAUCAAAAAUAGCAGUAAAGGGGUAUCCAAACCCACCCACAUAGGAAGAGCUUCUGCUUUUGUAGGCAAGAAGUUACUGUACGACUCUGACGAUGCAGAUGAUGAACUUGCACAAUCUGGCCGUGUAGAUGACAUCCCCACUAAAGACAGCUGGUUCAACUGCACAAGGCUCUCCCACAGCAUUUCUGACAGUCUGUGUAGCUGGGAGGGAAUACAAGAGAGUGGGGUUGGGGGCGAUAGUAGCUCAGGCCUUGCGGCGACAAAGCCUUCCACUGAAUUGGACUCGAAGGAGCGUCCUGAGAAACUCAUGAGUUUCAUCAACAGCUGUCUUUCUGAGAGCGGGCGGCCAUCAGCUUUCACUAGAGUUUCAAUGCUGCAUGUUACCCCUUCAAACCCAGAGGCUUCCAAUUGCUUUUCAGAUAUUGACGAUCUAGAAGAACUGAGCUGUGAUUCUAGAGACUUGUGGAUACCUUCAAGCCAACAAGCAGAGCAAAAAGAGAGAAUUUCCAGGGAUACCGCCAAACUGCUAAUUCCACAGCGCUUGCAUAGGGACCAAGCAAACACCCAGUCUGCAGAUGGGAGACCAGAACCUGUCAGUCUAAUUAAAGAACCUAGAGGGGGCAAGAGUAUGUCCGAGGAGAGUGUCUUGGCAGAAAUUGAUGCACAAGGUGAGCCAAUUGAACUGAGUCCUCAGAAGCUUGAAACAAGGGCUGCAGUUAGCAAAGUGGUGACUGAAUACAAUGGACUAAACCCCCAGGAAAGGCCAACAAGACAGAAACCUGCAAAUACAGCAAACUGCACAGCUCUUGAGUCACCAGAGAAGCCAUCUGAAUAUGAGGUCAAGACAAGCAAAAUAAGCAAUAGCAGGGUGGGAAACACAGAACGGGUGUCAAUGCAGUUAACGCCACAUAAGAAGCUGAUUAAACCACCAGGAAAUCGAGCAAAUAAAGGACAUUCUAUCCCUCCCCUUAAUGAUUCUGCCAGUACCAAGAAUGGUGGUUCAAAACUACUCAGUCGUAACAAAACUUCCUCAUCCCCAAUCAGAUUGUCGAAGGGCACCACUACUGAGCCCAGUAACAGUGGAAACUCAGGAACUCCUGGUCAGGAAAAAACACCCCCACCUCCAACAACUAAAAUGUCCAGGUUCAUCAAGAGCUCACAGAGCACCAAGGUGGUGAACUCCAAGUUGUCUAACAGGGCCGAAUGGAGCAAGGACUCCUGCCCCAGUUCGCCCCAACUCUCAAGGAGACACAUAGAGUAUGCUGACAAUGGUGAACAGCCAACCAGAGAUAAACACUGUGAAAGCAUUAAAAACAAACUCAGGUCCCCUUCACCACCCCCUCCUCCUGGUCGCACCACCUCUUUACUGAUAAAACCAAAUUAUGAUGGGUCGCCACAAGCACAUAAAAUAGGGGUGGCUCAGCCACAAACACCAACCACUGUGAGGGGACCUCCCCCAAGUUACCACACAUCUCUUCAACCAAAUAUGCAAGCUACUCUACCCAUUAAAGAUAAAGCGUGUUUAGACAUGGAUGCAGGCUACGGGACUGCACUUGCACCUCAGAAACUGGUUGAUGAAGCCAGUCAGCACCUUCAAAAGUCCCCCGCCAAGACACCUAUUACAGGCACUUCCAAGCAGACGACUGCAAAAGUCUACCUCCCUCCCGCAAACUCAGGAUUGGACCUGGAUUCCGAAAAUGCACCUAAAAGCUUGAAGAAUGUCCCCCCUCCUUAUAGUGCCCUCAGAAGACCCUCCUUUCCAAGUAAGAGAGGAUCCACCCAUGAAAAUGACCAGCAGUCUGAGCAAAAGCCCCCAAUUAAUUUGUCAAUAUUAGUUAAGGACGCUCCUCAAGCUAAAAGAGAGCUACAAUAUGGUAAAAAUGCAGUCAGCCCACCAAGCUCGGUUUUGACAUCGCCUAACUCAGCAGAAAAGAGCCAAAAGACUCGCAUCCCUAUGGGUUUUAAAGCUUUUUUAAAAUCCCCCUCCAGCCAUAAAAAUAACCCCUUGUUACCAGGCAAACAAGAAAAGGAUCAUAUCAACUUAGUUUCCAAGGAGAAUGUGACUUCAAAUACCUCUAGCCAGCGUGACAGCUUUCAGGCUGUGUACGGUACUGAUGCCCCACCCAAGAUGUCUCUCACAGAGGGGAAAAGUGAGGUCCACUCUAGGUCACUAGAAGAAGAAAUAAAUCCCACUUUGCCACUAGAAGAGGAGGAUGUCAGCGAUAAAGGGAAAAGGAACAGUCAACUUUUUUCAAGGUCCAUAUCUAUCGCCACAAAACCCCAUCUAAAGCCAGCCCUGGGAAUGAACGGGGCCAAAGCCCGCAGCCAGAGUUUCAGCACCAACUACACUGAAAAGCCACAUGUUAAUGUUCUGGAAGGAAAACCCAGAACUCAUAUCAUCACCAACUCAGCAGAAAGGGGGAACUCUCUUUCUAGACAGGCUUCCUUGGAGGUACCCAGUGUUGUUGGACUAACAGAAAGUCCAGUCCAUUCUCCCAGGUCUAGACUCAGCUACUAUGCAGGUAUGACUGUGGUCAACAAUCAAAAUGGACUAUCUGAGAAAAAUCUUAAAUUAAACUCCAAAGUUGAGGGAUCUCAGUGCAUUGUGAAGGGGGAAGAUGUAAUCUCACCCUCUCACACGGACACACACGGUUUUCCCAUCAGUGAAAAGACGGAUCUGAAUAACCAAGCUUUAAACAUCUGCAAGCCGGGGAAAGUCACCUCACAGUUUCAGUCUCCAGCCGCGUGUCCUUAUAUCCUAGAAAACCGUGUUCGAGAGACAGGAGGCACAGCGAGUAGCCCUAAUGAACCAGAAUUAGCUCGAAAUAGCUUGGAGGUCAAAACCCAGACAGACUCACCAAACAAACCCUCAGAUAUUGAGGAGAAAAAAAUCAGCCCAUCAGCCUGCACGAUAGAAGAGAAGGUCAUGCUGGGAAUCGAAGAAAAUUUGCAAAAAUGUCAAGAACAACAGAAAGUUGCUGCUAGUGAGGCCAAACAAAAGACGGGCCCUUCUCUGGCAAACUGGUUUGGAUUCCGGAAGAGCAAACUUCCAGCUAUGGCCGGAAAGAAAGCAGAGUCGCCGAAAGGAAAGGAGGAGAAGAAAGAGCUGAAGAUCGGAUUGGUCCUUGGAGGCAAACAGACUAGGCUGGACAAGAAGAAGGAGAAGAAGAAAAGUGACAGUCUAGAGGCUCAGAAUGAGUCUGAGAUGAAUAAUAAGCUGAGCUCCAUUAUGGACCACUGCAACAAUCAAAUGGGGCAGAUCGCCACGCAGAUCCAUUGCACGACAUCGUUCAUUGGCAAAGACCAGUUUGUGAAGGAGAUUCUUGGCAGGGCGGUGGGGAUGGGCAACUCUGUGGUUGCCUCUCCGACAGGAAUCUCCACGCCCAGAAAACUUACAGAGAUGAAGAGCAAAAUGAAGAUCUGUCCGGACGCGGCUACCCUCCUCAUUAGUCAGAAGAUGGACCUCCGGGCUGACAACAAAGAGGUGCACAUGGCAGACGCUGCUUGUCAAGACCACAUGAUGGGCUCCGGGUGUCAGAUGAGAACGCUCGACAGCGGGAUCGGCACCUUUCCUCUCCCUGACUCUGUCACUCGGGCCAGCGGUCGCCAUUUCCCCAAGUCGGAGUCUAGCCCGAAUGGGGUGACUGCCGAGUUCCGAGCAGGCCCGACCUCCCAUCCAACCGACUCCUCACAAUCCAGUGUCAAAGUGCCUUCCCCUCCCAACACCCACCUGCAUGCUCGUUCCAGCUUGGGUCACUCCCUGUCCGACCCGUCCGUUACCCACAGUGUUGACGCCUUGGACGCCCAGACUCGUUUGCCCCAGCUGGCUCGUGCGAGCAAGACCAAGAGGCUGAGUCUGUUUGGCCCACCUAGCGGAAGCUCGUCGUUCUCUGAACCCAAGGAGGAUGAAACUGGGAAGAAGGAUGACAUUCCUGUUGAGAGAGCCGUGCUAGUGCGCACGUAUUCAGGCAGCGACAGCGGCAGCGACACGGAAACAGAACCGGAGAGACCCAGGAGCGCCCUGACCCCGCUGCAAAGGUCGCGGCUCAGCCACUGCCAAACAGACGACUCAGCAGUCGAGCAGAGCGGGAAGACACUGAGGAGCGGCAGCAUGGACAGUUCCCCCUCCAUCAUGGACUUCUACCAGCGUGAGAUGUUCCCUCACCGGGAGAAGGACGGCAACAGGAUCUGCGACUACAACCUGUUGCACAAAGACUCGCCCCUCCAGGGAGGAGACCGACUCAGUGUCACCCUGGAGAAGAGCGUCGUGGGCGCCAACCAGCCGGGCGCUGUGGACGAAACCUCGGAGUCCCUCAGCCAUCUGAGUCACAGCAUCCCAAAAGAGGCCGUUGCUGACGGCGGAAGGCGUGAUGCGGUGCAGCGUGAGCCUUCCUCCGGCAACCUCCAUGGCAAGGCUCGCCCGGAUCCAAAGGGCUCCCUCAGCGACUCGCUUUACGACAGCUUCUCGUCCUGCACCAGCCAGGGCUCCAACGACGUGUGACAGGGUUAUUUUACACUAGUGAUUAUUUGGGUGUCCAAAGGGGUGGAUUUACUGACUGCCGCCAGCGUUCCUGCCCACGGCCUUGAAGAAUCGAGUUUGAUUUGAGGUGACUGCAGUCCUUGCCUCACUUCUUUCCAUGAAGAGCUCAACAAAAAGCACUUAGAGGAGGAAAGCUAAAAAACCAGGAUGAUGGUAAUUUGAUGGUAGCAAUACAUCAAUCAUUGUGUUUGCACUGCUGUUGCUUCAGGUCUUCCGAGGAAUAUAAUGUAUUGGUACAGUGGAACCCGCUGGAGUCCGUCGAACAACUCAUCAAAUCCCGGUCGGCACCUUCCCUUUAUUUCUAAAAAGUCGACGUUGACAAACGUAAUUCUUAUCAACAUAGCAUUAGCAUUUCUUUUAAAUGUUAAUAUUGUCUAUUAUUGCAAAAAAUACAGUAUCAUACUGUACAUUCCAAACAUUUUUAAUUACUGUAUUUUCCUGGCUGGAGUCCGUCGAACAACUCAUCAAAUCCCGGUCGGCACCUUCCCUCUAUUUCUAAAAAGUCGAAGUUGACAUACGUAAUUCUUAUCAACAUAACAUUGGCAUUUCUUUUAAAUGUUAAUAUUGUCUAAUAGUGCAAAAAUAUAUAUUAUCAUACUGUACAUUCCAAACAUUUUUAAUUACUGUAUUUUCCGGGCUGGAGUCCGUCGAACAACUCAUCAAAUCCCGGUUGGCAUCUACCCUUUAUUUCUAAAAAGUCAACGUUGACAUACGUAAUUCUUAUCAACAUAACAUUGGCAUUUCUUUUAAAUGUUAAUAUUGUCUAAUAGUGCAGAAAAUAUAUUAUCAUACUGUACAUUCCAAACAUUUUUAAUUACUGUAUUUUCCGGGCUGGAGUCCAUCGAACAACUCAUCAAAUCCCGGUCGGCAUCUACCCUUUAUUUCUAAAAAGUCGACAUUGACAUACGUAAUUCUUAUCAACAUAACAUUGGCAUUUCUUUUAAAUGUUAAUAGUGUCUAAUAGUGCAAAAAAUACAUUAUCAUACUGUACAUUCCAAGCAUUUUUAAUUACUGUAUUUUCCGGGCUGGAGUCCGUCGAACAACUCAUCAAAUCCCGGUCGGCACCUUCCCUCUAUUUCUAAAAAGUCGACGUUGACAUACGUAAUUCUUAUCAACAUAACAUUGGCAUUUCUUUGAAAUGUUAAUAUUGUCUAAUAGCGCAGAAAAUAUAUUAUCAUACUGUACAUUCCAAACAUUUUUAAUUACCAAAUUUUCCGGGCGAUAAAGUGCACCGAUAUUUAAGCCGCACUCACCAAAUUUUAGUAGAAAUAAAUAGGUUUACAUAUAUUAGCCACACCAAACUAUAAGCCACAGAUAUAUACCAGUGCAACAUUUGUUUUCAAAUGUUAAUAUAUAUAUACCUUAAUUGUUUCCAAACAGUGACUGUCACACGGCAGUAAAACGGCUGAUCAAACAAAACAGAAGUCAUCAUCAUGGACCCACUAUCUGCGGAAGCCAGCUCUCUAAUCAGCUAAACAGACCCAAUAACACCACAAUGACGUUUUGGUGAAUUUACAAAAAAAACACAAAAAGAAUACCAUUGUAAAGUAAUAAUACUAACACAAACAUCUGUAAACAUGUUAGCAUUUUCACUAAUACUAAUGACGCUAUCUUGAGCACUCCGACAGACAUCACACAUGGGACAGUUGUGUAAAUACGAAUUGUUUUAGUUACACUGUAACACUUUGUGAUGAACGAAGAAUCUUUUCGAGCCGAAAACGCCCUGGAUGAAUACUUUCGGGUCUAGGUAUUAAACGGGAAGGUCGUUUUCGGCCGGCGGCACCUGCAGGGAGCGAACUCGUCCAAAAGAUGGCGCCGUAGCAGAAGCAAUAAGACACCUUUUCAGUGUCUCUGUUGGUGUCGUAUGAACACCAUUUCUUAAAUACACAACAUUAUGGCCGUUUGCGAAGAAACAUCCAUAAGUCAGCCGCACAGUCCAAAGCGUGGGGAAAAAAGUAUGGGGAGAAAAAAAAGCGGUUUAUAGUCCGAAAAAUACUGUAAAUAAAAAUACAUGAAUAAUUAUCUGCGUGACUUAUAUUAUGCAUAGAAUUGUAAACUGUAAAAAU